AAACCAACAUCACACAACACAACUCACACACACCCACACACACAAAAAAAAACCAAUAUAUACAUACACACCCAACUCUGUAUCUAUAUUGUGGCCGUCGUUUCUUCACCGGUAACCAUCCAUUUCCUUUUUUCCUUCAAUACCCAGAUCCCAUUUCUGAUUUUAUUCCAGACCCACAAAAAUCCAACCAAUCAAAACCCCUGAAAAAUGGGAGGUGUGACGUCAUCAAUGGCGGCCAAGCUAGCAUUUUUUCCACCAAGCCCACCAUAUUACAAAGUAAUAACAGAGAAAUCAAGUGGGUUGAUGCUGUUAGACAGAUUCCCACACAGGGAAAACGUCGACGUUUUGAAGAUUAAUACAAGGCGUGGGAAUAAAAUAGUUGCAGUGUAUGUUAGGUAUCCAAUGGCUACAAGAACUAUACUUUAUUCACAUGGAAAUGCAGCUGAUAUUGGUCAGAUGUAUGACCUUUUUAUUGAUUUGAGUAUUCAUCUCAAAGUUAAUCUCAUGGGGUAUGAUUACUCUGGAUAUGGGCGGUCGACAGGAAAGCCAAGUGAGCACAACACCUAUGCAGAUAUUGAGGCUGCAUACAAGUAUUUGGAAGAGAAUUACAAUACAAAGCAAGAAGAUAUCAUUCUUUAUGGUCAAUCUGUGGGCAGUGGUCCCACUGUGAAUCUUGCUGCCCGCUUACCUCGAUUAAGAGCUGUUGUUUUGCAUAGUCCUAUAUUAUCGGGCCUGCGAGUCAUGUACCCUGUUAAGCACACAUAUUGGUUUGACAUAUAUAAGAAUAUUGAUAAAAUUCAAUUCGUAAAAUGCCCUGUCCUUGUCAUCCAUGGAACUUCUGAUGAGGUAGUAGAUUGUUCUCAUGGGAAACAACUCUGGGAACUAUGUGAAGAAAAAUAUGAACCACUAUGGAUCAAAGGCGGAAAACACUGUAACCUUGAACUAUUUCCAGAAUACAUCAAACACCUGAAAAAAUUCAUCUCCAACAUUGAAAAGCCACCUUCGUCACGCAGAAGCAACAAUUCAAGGAAAAGCGUGGACCAAUCCAGCAUGACAUCCCAUCAUUUCCACCACCACCAUUCCAGCAGGAGGAAGAGCACAGAUUGCUUUGAAGCUCCAAGGAAAAGCACGGCUAGGAAAGAGAACUUGGACUUUAUUAGUGAGCUACAUGAGUUCAAGUUUGAUCAGAUUGAUGACAAAAUCGGAGAGAAAUUUGAAAAAAUGAGAAUACCAUAUGAGCAUAUGGAGAGGUCUAGGAGGAGUGUGGAGUACAUUGAAAAACCCCGAACUAGUACUGACACAAAACCUGAAUGGCCCCGUAUGAGUGUGGAUUGUAUUGAUAGAAUUCAUAACUAGCUAUAUAGAAAUUGUAAAAUUACGGAAAGUGUAGAGGGAAAGGAGGGGGGCGGUGUUGGGGUUUAAUUUGUGUUUUUUUUUGUUUGUUAUUGUGGAAAGUUGUUCUUAGUCGAGGUUCAAAAUGUUGUAUUAGUUCAAGUUGGAUGUUGAUGAAUUGAGAUGUUAAUCUGCUUUGUGGAGAUCUCUGUAAA